GGAUCUUAGGAGGGCGAUUGCGGAGGGGGGGUUGAGGGAGGGAGUGAGCGCGGAUGCAUUGGCGGUGAGGGCGAGGGAGAAUGAGAGGGAUGAGGGACCGGAAGGCGGCACGGGGGGGUUUGCGCGACCGGCUUCGCCGGCGAGGAGUAAGAAGGUGCAGAGGAGUGACCUGGGGAGUGUCGAACAACCAACCUGGCCUUCCCGUACACCAUACGGCACCGCCGCUGGGCACGAGCAUGGACGAAGCGACCCGAACUUGUCCUCGUCCCACUCCAACGUCUACUCCGAACCGCGUCCGGGCAUGCCUUCACAUGGGAUCGACUCCUCUGCCUCCGCAACCACCGCCUCAGCACCCAUCACGCCGCGAUACACCCCCUCCCAACGUUCAAAUCCAUUCCAACUGGAUUCAAACCUUCUUACCACCGCCGGCGCCGCCGGCACCAGCACGCCCGCAUUUCCGGGCCACCACCACCUGCCCCCACCGAUUGCCCAAGUGCCAUUGAGUCCAGGCCGGAUCCAACCAAGCCUCAUCCCGACUCUGCCUCCAUACUCGAGUAUUCACCAUCGCGGCGCUCCCAUGGCGAGUCCCCACCUAGGAGGAAGGGGAGGAGGCGCUCUGCAGCGCGUGGUGCCGGAUGUGUUGCAGUCACCCACGAGCCCCGGCUUCGAUCCCGGAUAUGGACAUGGGGGGCUAUCGUGGCAGGCGGCGGGGUCUGGGAUGUAUCCUGGGACGUAUCCGUUUCAAAAUCAGAACCCGUACGCACCAGCACCAUAUCCCACCACCAGUCAGGGGUACGGGCCUCAGGGGAUGAAUAUGGGCAUGGGCAUGGGCAUGGGAAUGGGUAACCCGGCCUGGACCGGCCAAGUGCAGUGGGCGCCCCCGGCACCCUCCUCCCAUGGCAUGGGUCAAAACCAACACUCCCAGUCUCCCGUACCAUCUCAAUCCCAAGCCUUCGCGAACCUAAACGUCAACCUUAACCUCACUCCCACCAUGUCAGUUGCUGGACAGAGUAGUCCAGGAGAGGGGGUAUCGGUGCAGGGAACGGAGAGUAUGGGGAGUAAGACGAGUGGUGGUACGACGAUGAGUAGUACCAGUGCGACGAUGAUGCAGAGCGCGGGGAGUGCUGAAACGAUUCGACCGAGUGCGACUGCGAGGCGGGAGGAUCGGGGGCGUGGAAGUGGAAGUGGGUGGAGGCCCGGACACGGGCACGGGCGUGGGGGGUCGAUGUGACGUCAACGUGGAUCCGGAGUUUAAGGUGAUCACCGCAUGGUUGAAGCUGGUUAGGAAUCGGUCAUUACAGGAAGUCGUCGUUCACGUUCGGGGCGGAAAGUACAGUCGGGGUUUGGGCAAGCACGAUCAUGAUACACGGAUGAGCUGGUGCUUGGAGUUCCGGAUUCAC